CCGCCAUUCGAAGUUUGGUACCCGGAGUGCGUGGAACCCAUCGCGAUAUUGGUACCCAAGUCCACUUUGGUCGCGUUCACCUGUUGGUACCUCCAUACCAGAUCGAUCGAUUUUGUGACAGCUGUGAUAACAACAGUGAAAGGACCAUUGAUGGUUGGUGGUUUGUGUUUGGUUCUGGAUUUAUGGUUCUCUGAUUGGCGUCCCCAAGGAUACGAAUGCGCACUGAAGUGUGUACCCAAAACCCAGAACAAUGCCAUAACUCAUCGAUAAUCGAUAAGAUAAACCAGUGCCAUAAAAAUAUGCCCCAAGACUAACAUGGCCUUGAAACUACGGAAAGACAUAAAAAAAUCCCUGUACUAUGUUUGGUUCCUUGGUGCGAAGGAGUCCAAAGGACUACGGGGUUCCGAAUAUAUUAUACCUGUGAUAAAACACUUGGAGCAGAGGGAGAAGGAGGUAGAACCCUUUAAGGUCACCCUCCAAGUAUCCCAUAAAGGGUUGAAGAUCAUACAGAACAUAGUGGCUCAAGGAAAGAGUAAACCCAAGAAUGAAACGAUCAAGCACUUCAUUCCACACAAUACGAUCACUUGUGUUUAUCAGCAUGAAGAUAUAAUUGCUUGUAUUCUUCUUCUCUUCAAUCCUGUCACCAAAUGCCCAUUGCACAUACAUGCCUACAGAUGUGAUAGUGUGGAGACCGCUGGUUUGCUCAGGCAGCAACUGCAGGUCCUCAUAGAGAGCCCAGAAAAUCAGAAGAAAUUCGCAGAGAUCGAGAGCAGGUUGAAUCUAACCAACAAAGAAGUUAAAAAAUUGGAAUCUUCGUUGGGUAGUGACACUGGAACCAGUACCAGAGAAAGUGAAUCCAGUGAAGAAAGAUACCACGUGGACAACAACCGAAUAGCCACCCUGUAUGAUUCAGUUGCUGCUGAACUCAGGGCUAAACUCAACAAAAAAAACGAACCCAUCCUGCUUCCCCCAAGGGAUUACGACACUGUCCAUAGGCAAAAAGGCAAUCUUACAGGCAUUGAGUUGAGGAGAUGCCUCAAUGCCAGCAUUGUCGGGCAAAAUGUCAAGGCUAAACGGAUAGAGAGUAGUGGGGGUAGUUCAGGCAUUGGUUCAGAUCAUCCACCAAGUCCAGAUAGUCCGAACAUCCCUGAUUCCAGGUUUAAUACUCUGGAUAACCACAGCACAAGCGACGAGGAAUGGAGCAACAACAACAAUGACUCCGCCCUCUACCUUAUGAACUCCUCAACGCCAAACGUAACAUUACCAAGACCCUCCAGAAACGCAGAGAUCCCGGACGAAAUCUACGACGACUACCGUACAGAACCCAACUUCACCAGGUACCAGGAUCCUCCGAAGACGGACCCUAGGACCCGGAGGGACAAAUACCACCCGGAAGACGUCAGGACCCAGGAGAAGGACAUAGCGAAGUACCUGGAAAAACCGAUAGCCAAAUACACCGACAACAAGUACCUGGAGAGGCAGAAAUCUUUGGAGAGGGAGAAGCAUAAGAGCGUCGAGUACCAGAAGAGCGUGGAAAGGUCUGAGAGGUGCUCAGAUCGUCAGGUGUUCACCAACGGGCAUAAAUCCUUGGAGAAACAGAACUCGAGAGCCAGAAGCUACGAGUUCGGUUCGUCGGAGAACUAUUAUCAGGAGGAAACGGAUAGGAAUGGUAAAUAUCCUGGAGGUGGCUACUUCGAUGAGGAAAUCAGGAGGGGAGAGAGGGAUAAAGCUAGUAAAUACUACGACGAUGAUGGUUUCGAUGAGAAUAUAAGGUACAGGAAUUCAUCUUACCUUGACAAAUCAAGGUUUUCGAGCUAUGAAUCGGAGGAAUACCAUAGAGAUCAAAGGGUCUACCCUAAUCCCCCUGUUCCAAAGACAAGGCAAAGAUUCAACGACGACUACCCGGAGAAGAAAUUCAACAGGUCCCAAUUCAUCGAGGACUAUCAGGCGGAGCCAGAGGUUAGGGCGAGGAUCAGGAAAGAGAUCGAGGAUUACAGGAAAGAGCCAGAGAUGAGACCCAGAACCAAGAAAAACGUCGAAGAGUACCACAGGGACCCUGAGGCCAGGGUGAUGAGCAGAGAUUCCACAGAUUCAUACAGCAGGGAAUCACUACCAAGAGGAACUGGCAGAAAUUCGAAUAGUUACGACGCUGAGGUGGAACUGAGGAGCAAACAGAAACAAUCUCAAGAGGACCACCAGAAAGCUCGAAGGUAUUUUGGCGAAGAGGAAAGAUCCAGAACGAAAAUUACGAAUGAGCAAGAACGCCACGCUUAUCCAAGAGCAGAUAAGGAUGAGAAGUCUUACAAACCUACUGAAUAUUUCGAAGAACCAAGUAAAAAUCGAAGAAGUGCGCAGUUUAGGCAAAGGAGUCCUUCCCCGGAGGUAAUCAAGGUUUCUCCCCAAGAUAGGUUCAGAGAUGCUAAGGAGAAAUUCUUGUCGAUGGAGAGAGAAAGGUUGGCGAAUCAGAGACGAGGGCAAAGAGAGGAAACCACCAAUCCUAAUAAUAAGAUGUCACAGUUGAAGCGACACGAGAGCAUGAUGACGCCCAUGAAAGACAGAUACGAUGACAGCUACUACGAUGAGAUCGGCGAUGGCGCACCGAAGCCCUCUCCAAGACACUUAGAAGAAGUGAGGUACCGUAGAGAAUCACCCGUGGACCGUUACAGGAACACCGAUAAAAUGGACCCGAAGAGAAGAUCCAUGUUCAACUUGAUCGAGGAUGAGCACAGAAAAAACUCCAACGAAAUCGCGCGAGAGAUAAAACGCAGAUCGUACCUAGAGUCGUUGAACUACGAGGAGGAGAGGACCUACCACGAACUGCCGGAAAGUGACAGAUAUCCGUCGGAGAGGGACGGCUACAGCAAAUCCUACCACGAUCUUGACAAGGUGGGAGAGACCAAGUACGAUCCGAAAUUCACCAAGAACCAGAAGAAUAAGAGCGGCGCUGGUUAUAGGCACAGCUACGCCGAGCCCAAAUUGAGGAUGGAGAAGAAGAAUGGGUUCUCUGAAAUACUGCACAGGACGAACAGCACGGUUGGCAGCAAUGGGAGGGUUGGAAUUGCGAGCAUCCAUCCCUACUGAGUGGGAAAUUGACACAAGUGUCGUCGAUGUAUUUACCUUAAUUUCUUUUUGACUUCAGUACAUGAUCCAGGGGUUUUCUGUAAUUAUUUGUGUAUUAUGGGGUAUUUUUAUGUAGAAUUGGUAACCUUUCAGCUCAAUUGUAUCACAGUUCUAUGACAAAAAAAAUUGGAAGGUCGUAAUACUUAAACUUGCUCAAUAUAUACAUUUCAUAGGUUUUUGUUGCUAACAACUCAAACAUCAAACAUCUCUUAAUAUUUUUAACAAGAACGGAACUAGACCUCCUUUUUUCGAAUAUAUAAAAUGUAUAGAAUAUAUGAUAUUUAGCCUAUACAAUUUAUAUUAUUAACACUUGUAAUAUUUCUAUUUUAAUCAUGCAUAAGUAUAUAAAAUAGUCUCAUCUUCGAGCCAUUGUAAACAUAAAGACAAAAUAAUUAUAACUGCUGAGGAUCCAUUCCUCCGAAAAAUAUAUUUACUCAAAUUUAUUCUGUAUAUAAUACUUUUAUGAAUAUGACAAAAAUAUAGAUUUAUUUAUUUUUUUAUGUGCCUUCGUAUUUUAUAACUGUGAGAUUUAGAGAUUUUAUAAAUUAUAAUUAUCGAAUCAACAGAAUAUACUCAGUUUAUUGACUUGUAGUUGAUGUUGGUAUUUCCGUUAGUAUUAUUACGAAAUUUUUUUUUAUGGUUGAGUCAUUUAAUAUUAUGAUGAUUAAUUUUGUUGAUGCUUUGAAUAAUAAACAAUUUUAUGUAUUUGGAA